AUGUCGUCAACAUCCACGGUGAAGGAGGCCGUGAAGGAGGGCCUGCUCGGCCAUAAAGAGCCGACACAGCUGUCCUCGCAAACGCGGGCGCGUUUUCUGAAGAAUGCCACCCCCGACGCCGAGACGGGCGAGCUCGUCAUGGGCCCAAACGAGUUCAUCAACGCGAUUGCCCCGGAGGGCGAGGACUACCACAAGAUCAAGCGCGAACAGUACACAAUCCUCUUCCCCGUUGCCGACCGCCGCGGCCAGGGCCGUAUCAACCUGUCCGACUGGGCCUACUUCGAGAACAUCCUGAUGAAGCCCGAUGCCGAGUAUGAGAUCGCCUUCCGCCUCUUCGACGUCGAGCGCCUCGGCACCGUGCGCUACGACGACUUCCGCCGGCUGUACGAGCUCAACAAAGGCCCCAGCACCAUUCCUUUUAACUGGGACUGCGAGUGGGCCAAGCUAUACAUUGGCGACAAGCGCAAGCGCCACGACAUGGACUAUGAGCAGUUCUCCCAGAUGCUGCGGGGUCUCCAAGGCGAGCGCAUACGGCAAGCCUUCCAGCUGCUCGACCGUGACGGCGACGGCUACAUUGAGCCCGAAGAGUUUGAGCGCAUCAUCCUCGAAACCGCCAAGCACAAGCUGUCUGACCACCUGUUGCAGCACCUGCACACUUUGUGCAACAUCUCCAAGGGCACCAAAAUCUCCUACGCCAACGUCCGCGCCUUCCAGAACAUGAUCAAGGAGAUGGACCUCGUCGAGCUGAUUGUGCGUCGCGCUUGCUCCAAAAGCGCCGACAACAAGAUCACCCGCACCGACUUCCUCAACCAGGCCGCCCGCAUCACCCGCUUCUCGCUCUUCACCCCGAUGGAGGCCGACAUCCUCUUCCACUUCGCCAGCAUCGAUGAGCCCUCGGGCCGUCUCGGUCUGGCCGACUUUGCCAAGGUCCUCGACCCUGCAUGGCGAAGCCAGGAGCGCGUCGAGGGCGCCAGAGACCAGCUGCAGCAGACCACCCAGCACGCCAAAUCCGCUCUGCAGAAGUUUGCCUCGCAGGCCUUUGAGUCCGCCUACAACUUUGGUCUCGGCAGUUUGGCGGGUGCCUUUGGCGCCUUCAUGGUGUACCCCAUCGACCUCGUCAAGACGCGCCUGCAGAACCAGCGCGGCGCCGAGCCAGGCCAGCGCCUCUACAAGAACUCGAUUGACUGCUUCCAGAAGGUCGUCCGCAACGAGGGCUUCCUGGGCCUCUACUCUGGUGUUCUGCCGCAGCUUGUUGGUGUCGCGCCCGAAAAGGCCAUCAAGCUGACCGUCAACGACCUGGUCCGCCAGUGGCAGACCAGGCAGGACGGCUCCAUCUGGUGGGGCUCCGAGAUCCUUGCCGGUGGUACCGCCGGUGCUUGCCAAGUUGUCUUCACCAACCCCCUCGAGAUUGUCAAGAUUCGUCUGCAAGUGCAGGGCGAGGUCGCCAAGAACGUGCAAGGCGCACCAAAGCGGUCGGCCAUGUGGAUCGUGCGCAACCUUGGUCUUGUCGGCCUGUACAAGGGCGCGUCUGCGUGUCUGCUGCGUGACGUGCCGUUCUCGGCCAUCUACUUCCCGACGUACAGCCACUUGAAGAAGGACAUGUUUGGCGAGUCUCAGACGAAGAAGCUCGGCGUGCUGCAGCUGCUGACAGCCGGUGCUAUCGCUGGCAUGCCGGCUGCCUACCUCACGACACCCUGCGACGUUAUCAAGACGCGUCUGCAGGUCGAGGCGCGCAAGGGCGACACCCAGUACACGGGACUGCGGCACGCGGCCAAGACGAUCUUGAAGGAGGAGGGCUUCAGAGCCUUCUUCAAGGGCGGCCCCGCGCGCAUCAUGCGUUCGUCGCCCCAGUUCGGUUUCACUCUAGCGGCAUACGAGGUUUUGCAGAGCCUGCUGCCCUUCCCGGGCGGCGGCAAAUCGGAAGUGGUGCAGACCGGUGUCUCCGGCGCCAUGUCGUCGCUGAAGGACAAGAUUUCGCCGUCCGAGGUGCAGACGCCCUUCACGCGCAGCCGCAACGCGCUCAAGAUCAUCCUGGACUUGGACGAGGACUUUGGCAAACUGAAGCUACCCGACCAAAAGGGCUGGCAGUCGCUGCCCACCACCAUCGGCGGUGGCGGAAAGCCCUAA